AUGGCUAACCCAAGGUCUCCUAUACCUGGCCGAGGUGUGCCUACAAGUUCAAUACCAAUUCGGACCUCACCGCACGCACACCAUCAGGGAGGAGAGCAGAAUCUGGUGGGAAGAACAAGGGCACAGUCGGAUCCCCGAAAGCCUCCUGGCUUGCAACUGUUGAGUUCCAUUGGGCUUACCGAGUAUCUCCAAUCUGACGAUCGGCCUACUUUUGUCGUGGAUAUUUUAGACUUGGUCAAUACAGCCGCUCCGGGACUACGUUUGCUUUUCGAGAAUCCGGCACUCAAGGCGCAAUCUUCUAUGUUAGACCACGUGCAAGGUAGAUCCGAAGACCCUACUUUACUCCUUGACCUCGGUACGCCAUUCGCCGACUUUAAAGCUUGGGUACUUAGUCCACUUACAGAUCCUGACAUUGUCACAACAUUCCCUUUUGGUGGCUACGUCUGGCACACAUGCCUCAUCCGAAAGCGACUACGGGUAAUUCACGGUCGCCAGCAUGUAACUUCAUCAUCGACCUCCAACAAAACACAGAUUCGACCUGGCAUGCAACAAUAUAAAGGCCUCGGCUCCGUUUUGUCCUCCGUUGUUCCCGUGCGCAGCGAUCUUGCCUCGCCCAGCUAUUUCGAUAUUCCUGCACGGCCAAACCAAGAUUUGCCCCAGACCCUCCAGAGCUUAGUUACUUCAGAUAUCUCGCCACGGUCGCAAGCGGAUCCUUCACCUGCCUCACACGAUGCGACGGAAUAUAGAGACCUAAUCUCAGGCCAUAUUUCUUCAAGCCCCGAGGAGAUCAUGCUACCAUCGCAUAUCAGCCUGAAUAGAGAUAUUGGCAUGGUCAAAGACCUGCCUCAGCCUGGAUUUUUCGAUUGGACAAGAUUACCCAUCUCGCCCUCCUUGCCUCCUCAUGUUCAGUUCGCCAGAAGCAUUGACUGGGCCGCGACAAGUCUGGGCUCAAUUGAAGAAUGGCCUGUGGAGCUUCGUGGAAUGUGCAAUUUGAUCAUGGCAAGUCCUCACCCGUCCGCAAUGUAUUGGGGCCGAGAACAUGUCGCCAUCUACAACGAAGCCUACGUGCUACUUGCAGGGCAGAAGCACCCUGAACUAAUGGGGAGUCGCUAUCGAGACGCUUGGUCUGAGAUAUGGCAUGCUUUGGAAGACGUGUUUGACAAUGCAUUCGAAAAUGCUCAAGCGACAAUGAAGGACGAUGACUGCCUUUUCCUCUUUCGCAAUGGCUUUCUAGAGGAAACAUACUUUUCAUGGUCGAUUAUUCCCUUGAUUGGCGACAAUGGAGGCGUUGUUGGCCUGUACAACCCUGCCUUCGAGAAAACUCGUCGUAAGAUCGCAGAAAGGCGCAUGUUGACUCUGCGAGAGAUAGGUGAGCGCACCGCCGAUGCUCGGCAGGUUGCCCAGUUUUGGGAUUUGCUGUUGAAAGGUCUUGAAUACAACGAGCUGGAUGCUCCUUUGGUAUUGGUGUACUCGUUAAACGAAGAUCUUGCAGAUAAUGAUACUGGAUCUUCGGUCUCGAGUGGAGCAGCAUCAAACAAGGUCUGUUACUUGGAGGGCUCCUUAGGGAUUCCAGCAGGUCACGCGGCUGCGCCUCCUGUGAUAGACAUGAAGACGAGUACCACUGGCUUUGCAUCUUCCUUCAGGCAAGCAUUGACUACGGACCGUCCUAUUGUUCUUCGCAUUGACGACGGCACUCUUGAUGACAAGUUGCUGGACGGUAUUGACUGGCGUGGUUUUGGCGAUCCUUCAAGGAUUGUUGUCAUCGCUCCAAUCCAUCCCACAACCGGGGAGUCGACCUUGGGGUUUCUUGUCAUGGGCACCAACCCCAGGCGACCGUACGAUGAAGACUACGACCUUUUUAUUCAAUUACUGGGUCGACAGCUGGCGACCUCAAUUGCAUCGGUUGUUCUAUUUGAGGAGGAGAUCCGGAAGGGCGAGCGCGCUGCUAAACUUGCAGCUCAAGACCGAAUAGAGCUGAACAAUCAGUUAGUCGCGAGGACUCAACAGGCAGUUGAGGCUGAGAACAAAUUCACAAGGAUGGCGGAACUGGCACCGGUCGGCAUGUUCAUAGCCAACAUUGACGGCCAGAUUACUUUUGUCAACAAUGCCUGGUAUGACAUCUCAUCCUAUCCCCGAGAUGUUCAAGUCCGUGAUGAGUGGAUCAAAUAUAUCGUGGAGGAGGAUCAAUCAAAGGUCGUGGAGAUGUGGAACACCAUGUUGCUGAAAAGACGACCUGUAUCUUUGGAAUUCCGAUUCAAGACUCCAUGGCGUGACAGGCUUGGGAAUAAAGGACCUAUGUGGGUUCUGACCAGCAUAUCUCCCGAGCGCAACGAUGAUGGCAAUCUCGAGCGAAUCUUCGGCUCCAUGACCGACAUUAGUGUCCAAAAAUUCGCCGAGAAUUUACAGACAAAACGAAUGGAAGAAGCUGUCGAACUUAAACGACAACAAGAGCGGUACAUAGACACGACAUCCCAUGAAAUGCGCAAUCCGCUGUCUGCCAUCCUCCAAUGUGCAGAUUCAAUUACGGCUUCGCUGGCCGAGUUACAGAUUUUCGACGGUGUAACCGACGAUCAGAAAAUUAUUCUUGACACUGCGGUAGACUCGGCACAAACAAUCACUCUCUGUGCCCAACAUCAAAAGCGAAUUGUAGACGAUGUCCUGACACUGUCGAAACUUGAUUCGGCUAUGAUGGCUGUCGCCCCUGUCGACACAAAUCCGAUCGCUGUUGUUCAUAAAGUUCUCAAGAUGUUUGAGGCCGAGCUCAAAACUGCCGACAUCACGUUCGAAUUGAAGUUCGACUCGUCGUUCUCUUCUUUGCGCAUAGACUGGGUCCGAUUGGACCCUCAUCGUUUGUCACAAGUAUUGAUCAAUCUAAUGACGAAUGCAAUCAAGUUCACAACAACUCAGGAUAUUCGAAUAAUACGAAUGCAUAUUGCGGCCUCCGGCGAGAAACCAUCCAAAGAGGAUAAAUGGAAGCUUACGUAUAUCCCAUCUCGAUCCUCCAAGAACAACGAUGUAACAGCAGCCGCUGAAUGGGGCCUAGGUGAACCGCUGUACCUCCAUUUCGCUGUGCAAGAUACUGGACGGGGCUUGGAUGAACUUGAAAAGAAACAACUAUUCCAACGCUUUUCUCAAGCUAGUCCUCGCACUCACGUAACUUAUGGUGGCUCUGGUCUAGGCCUUUUCAUUUCAAGAGAGCUGGUUGAACUCCAGGGUGGAGAAAUCGGCGUAGCCUCCGAAAGUGAAAAGGGCAGUGUCUUCGCUUUCUAUGUGAAGGCCCGAAGAAGUUCAAACGGACCUGUGGAGAUCUAUGAAGAUCCACUGACUUCACCGUCUCAAAGCAUGAAAAGCUCAAAAGCAUCCGGGCUAGUCGGGACCAAUUCCAACAUCCCCGCUGCAACUUUGAAAGGCUUAUCCUCCUCAGAGUCGACCCGACCCUCGGAAUCUACGACUACCCAGACGAAAACCCUCCACGUUCUUGUGGUGGAAGACAAUUUAAUUAAUCAGAAAGUACUUGCCGCUCAACUUCGGAAAAUCGGCUGUGUAGUCUAUGUCGCCAACCAUGGAGGCGAAGCCAUUGAUCAAAUCCGACUCUCAAAGUUCAGUCGCGACAGAGUCAAGGACGGUGCCGAGAUCGAUGUGGUUCUUAUGGACCUGGAGAUGCCCGUUAUGGAUGGCCAAACUUGCGCCAGAACCCUUCGGGAGAUGCAGAACCGCGGAGAACUCGUUGCGCAUAUUCCUGUCAUCGCGGUCACCGCCAAUGCACGAGCAGAACAGAUAGAAAUGACCUUGAAGAGUGGGAUUGACGAUGUUGUCAGCAAGCCAUUUCGGAUUCCUGAGCUGCUGCCCAAAAUGCAGGACAACAUUGCAAAGUUUGCGGGCCAGUGGGAAAAGCUACGCUAG